AUGUCUAAGAGGAUAGCUGACAAGAUAGGCCUCACCAAGAUAGAGCCAUCAUCCAUCUCCAUCAACUAUGCUGAUUCAUUCUCACAAACACCCUAUGGCUUUGUGCCUAAUGUGAUGGUGCAGAUUGGAAAUUGCUCUAUCCCUACUGAUUUCCAGAUUGUGGAAAUGAGAGAGAGUAGCCAUAGACCUCUCAUAUUUGGAACCCCUUUCCUGUCUACUGUGGGUGCCAUAUUUGAUUUCCCCAAUCAAAGAAUCUCUUUCAACAAGGUGAACAAGGGUAUGUUCUUCCCUAUGUGUUCAACAAAGAACUCUUUUGUUGACAUGGUCCAAGAGGAGAAAGCUACUUUGAAGCCACCCCAAGAAGGAGAAACUGAAGAAACAAUCAAGGAAGAUCCCAUUCCUAAGCCCAAGCAGCUUGCCAAACAAGCAAGGAGUAAGACUAAGGCCCCUACACCAAAACCGCCCAAGGGAUCAACCAAGAUUGAAGAUGAGGCCAAGCCAAGAAGGAAGGUUAGAAAGCCUAGGUCUGGCCGCAACAUGAAGCUUCUAUUCCCAAAGGAGCUUAUUGAUGAGAAUCUAGAAGGAUUCAAGGAGAGAGUGACAAGAACUCUAAAGCUUUUUCCUAAGGCAGUAGUGCCAAGGGACAUUCAUGGAGAGAUUGUCUAUCCAGCUGUGAAUCACCCACCAGAUACUCAUUGCAAGGAGAAAAGACUUGGAGGAUCAAGAUGCCUCUUGUCUCUAUCUUCUCCUGAGCGCCAAGCCUUACAGUCAAGCUAA